AUGGAAGACUUCAAAGUUUUGAUUGUUGGGGGAUCAGUGGCUGGUCUUGCUCUCGCCCACUGCCUGGAAAGACUGGGCAUCUCGUUCGACGUUCUUGAACAGGGUGAUGAGAUCAGUCCGCAGGUCGGAGCCUCAAUCGGCAUCCUGCCUAAUGGAGCUCUGAUCCUCGACCAGCUAGGCAUUUUUGACGACAUUGAGAAGGUGAUAGAGCCUUUAGUAUUUGGAUACCCUCUUUCAUUCCUCGAGCGCCAGAAAUUUCUUGCGAUCCUCUAUAGGAAGUUGCAGCACAAAGAGCGAGUCCAUACGGGUCAAAAAGUCGUAUCGAUCGAAAAUCGGAAAACUCAUGCGGUUGUCAAAACCGCUUGCAACAAAGAGUACACGGGGCACUUGAUUGUGGGCGCUGAUGGUGUCCAUAGCAUCGUAAGAUCGGAAAUGUGGCGACAUGCCAACGAGCUCGCCCCAGAGGCUAUUUCGGAAAAAGAAAAGUCAACGAUGAGGGUAUACUACGCUUGCAUCUUCGGCAUCUCCUCGGCAGUUUCCGGGGUGGAGGAUGGCGUCCAGUUGAGUCUGUUGGACUAUGAUCUUACAAUUCACGUUUUUAAUGGAAAAGAGGGCAAAGUCUUCUGGUUCGUCAUUGUUAAGACGGAUAGGCAAUAUACCUACCCCGACAGGCCUCAUUUUGACCAGGAAGAUGGUCGAAAGAUUUGCGAAGGACUAAAGUCCAAGAAGCUCGACGCAACCUUGACGUUUGGGGAUAUGUGGUCGAGGUGUGACAUAUUCACAAUCACACCAUUAGAGGAGGGGUGGCUCAGCAACUGGCACUUUGGUCGCUUGGUGUGCAUGGGAGAUGCGGUUCACAAAGUUACUCCAAAUAUUGGGCAGGGUGCAAACAUGGCUAUCGAGGAUGCCGCAGCUCUGGCUAACGCACUCUGGAAGGGCGAUCUCCAAAGGGCCAUGGAAGCCACUCCCGCCUUGGAGGAUAUGCUGCAUCAUUUCAGCUCGGCCCGGCUCGCCAGUUCGAAAAAGAUCUGCACACAGUCGGAGCUUCUUACCCGCCUGCAGUCCAAUGACGGCAUUGUGAAGCAUUUAGUGGCGAGGUACCUGCUCCCCGCGGUGAACGACAUUCCUGCGGGCUCUUCAGCUGCACUUUUAGGGGGUAGUCAAUGCCUGCAAUAUUUGAAGCUUCCUGAACGGGCGCAACGACCACGCUCAUGGUGGGCCGUCAUUAGGGAUCUUCGGUCAUUCUUCCCUAAGCCGCAUGGACUGACACUAAUUACCAUGUUGUUCGACCGUCUAACCACCAUUGAACCUGACUGGCCCAAUGUCAAAAUCACUGGUGCCAUCAUCUUUGCCGUCGCAUUAAUUCGAUAUCUCAACUACGAUAAAACGGUCGAUGUACCGGUUGUAGGACCCGGAGUUCGCUUCACGAAAUGGCUGGCCGCUCAUGGCGACCUCCUGGCAAAACUCCUCCUAGCGCCACGGCAGGUCAAGAACUUACAGGAUGAGAUUCAUAACGAGAUCGAAACUCGCAGAGAUUCCCGCGAUAAGAAUUCCAUGCAAGAUCUGCUUGACUUCUCGAUGAACUGGGUUGACGAACACCGUUCGGCUGGUUGGAAUGAUGACCAUAUCACUGAUAUGAUGGCGAACACGAUUUUUGCCGCCCUGCACACUUCCAGUCAGUUGGUAGUUCACACCAUCUUUGAGCUCGCCACCCGUCCUGAAUACGUCGAUCCGCUUAGAGCAGAAAUAAGAGAAUGCUUUGCCGCAUACGGUGAUGGAACAAAAGCUGCCAUGGACGCCAUGUACAAGAUGGACAGCUUUAUCAAGGAGACUCAGAGGUGUAAUCCCCUCGAUGCAUCUGCCCUAGCGAGGCUGGCCAUGAAGCCCUUCACAUUCUCGAACGGUCUCCACAUCCCCAAGGGAACCUUCAUAUUCACACCCAAUUCCCCAAUAUUUGAAGAUGAACGCUUUUACGCCGAUCCCAAGCGUUUUGACGGUUUCCGUUUCUCUAGGAUGCGAGAUGACCCGGACCUGAAAGCAUCUGCCCCUCUCACAGCAACCAGCGAAUACAGCAUGCACUUUGGCACAGGGCGUCACGUCUGUCCAGGGAGAUUCAUGGUUUCCGACGAGGUCAAGCUGGUGAUGGUGCACCUUCUACUGAACUUCGAUUUUGCUAUAAAGGACUUCAGACCUCGGCCCCAAAAUGUGGCGUUCGGAAAGUUCAUGCUUCCAGAUAUGUACGCCAAGGUGUGGUUGAGAGAAGCGAAGCACGAGGUCGCGGUCGGUGAUGGUACAUCAGAUUGA